AACAGGAUAGCAGUCACUCAGCUACAGAGCAGGGAACUCAAAAAAGCUACAGGUGCUCCUAACGCUGUUAUUGAAGCAACAUGAUGCUGCAGACUACUCUCGUGCUGGUUUGCCUGCUGGGUACCAGUCUGUCUCUCCCAAUGAGGAUAGGAAUCCUUGCAAGCAACAGCAAUGAGAUCCUGAGAUUCAAUGGGCUGACUCUGGCGACCCUGGGACAAACUCAAAUGCAGGGAUCUCCCAUGUUUCCCCCCUACGUCUUCCAGCAGCAGCCAGAAUUGAUGUACACCCCCCAGGUGGUCAACCUCAACCCUCAGAUUGGGAGCCCCUUCGGCCCCCAGGGCCCCCAGUUCAUGUACCCCAACCAGGGCACCCAGCAGCAGUUUGUGUACCCUCCCAACCAGGGCAACCAGCAGCAGUUUGUGUACCCUCCCAACCAGGGCAGCCAGCCGCUGAACCCAGUGUACCUCCCCAACAACCAGCAGGACCAGCUCGGGCCCCUGGCACCCAACGCCCCCUCAGGGCCCCAACAGCCACAGAACCCAGUGCAGGGCUACCCUUACUACGUCUACCCCCAGAGGAACCAGGUGAUCCAGCCCAACCAGGGCCAGGUGAACCAGUUGAACCAGCCGAACCAACAGACCCCCCUGGACCGAACAACGCAGAAACCACAGCUCCCCCUGCAGGUGUGGACAUGUUGGUUCGGAGCGUCUUACAGGGGAUUUUAG